CCACUUCAUUUACAUAUUCCGGCAACGUUCCCUAUUCUCCGGCGGCAUCUGCCCGGGAAAUAUGGACGAGUCAUGGAGAAUGCGAAUGGGAAUGCACAAUCUUCCAAGGAGAAAAUCAACUGAGGAGACCUCGUCGCAGCGGUCGCGGAAAACCUUUUCCGGCGAAUCCAGAACCAUGCACCCCGAGGACUUCAGCGACGUCUUCGGCGGGCCGCCUCGGAGCGUGUUAUCGCGCCAAUACUCCGGCGACUUCACGGCGAGAGCCCGGUCGAAUUCGUUCUACGAAGAGAUUUUCCGGCCGGCGGACCUGGGAGCUCCGGCGAGAAGCGGCCGGGUGUUGCCGGUGUUCAGGAUUCCGGGGAAUCGAAAGGGGGGAGGAGGGUUUUACAGCGAUAUAUUUGGAUCGGACGAUGAUCGGCGGUCGAGGACGAGGUCGAAGCCGAACUCGAAGUCGAAGUCGAAGUCGAACUCCUCGUCGGUGUUGAGCUCGGAGGAGUUGAGUCCUCUGAGGCCGGUGAUCGGAGAUGACGUGGCAUUGUCUUCAUUCGCAUCAAAGCUCAGGCCAAUUAAUGUCCCAUCUAGAUGGAGCUCAUCCAUGAUGAUGCCAGAGGAAUAUUCAAGGAAACAAGGGAUGCCAGCUUUUCCAUGCAAUCCUUCCCCCUAUGUUGAAAACCAUUUCAUGAAAACUGAAUAUGAUGAUGAUUCUAGCUCCAUUUUUGGAUUCUCCCAACGGGUCUCAUUCCCAGAAACUAUCAGUGUCGAACCCAAUUCUUAUGGUAGCAUCAAAGUGUCCAUUGAUGAUCUUGAGCUCAAUUCCCCUUCAUCUGCCGUGUCUUCAGUUUGUCAAGCUCCAGAGGCCAAACCCAGGAUUCCAGACGAUGAGUUGUUGCAAGGACAAGAAACCGAACAAGAAGAUGAUGAUGAAGUUAUGAGCUCUUAUGUUAUUGAGAUCACCCCUGACCGCAGGGAGGGCACAGAUGAAGCAGAUGCCCUUGAUGAAGCAAUUGCUUGGGCCAAAGAGAAGUUUCAGACUCAUAGUUCUGAGAAAGAAUGGAGCAUUAGACCACAGGAAACCGAGCACUUCGUAGAGAUGGAAGAUAGGCCUAACUCCCGUGAAUUCAGAGUUCCACAGAUGGAUGAACAUGGAAUGAUGCAGUCUCCCGCGGAAGAUAAAUGGGCAACAGAAGACAAACAACAAAUGGAAAAAGAUAUGGAAAUAGAGCUACUGGAUGAAGAUGUAAGGUUGUGGUCAAGUGGCAAGGAAGCCAACAUUCGCCUGCUGCUCUCAACACUACAUCAUAUUCUGUGGCCUAACAGUGGCUGGUAUGCCAUUCCCCUAACAAGCCUGAUAGAGACCUCACAGGUGAAGAAGGCUUACCAGAAAGCGAGGCUGUGUCUUCACCCAGAUAAACUGCAACAAAGAGGAGUGACACCCCCACAAAAAUAUGUUGCAGAGAAAGCCUUUUCCAUCCUCCAGGAUGCAUGGGCUGCAUUCAUCUCCCAAGAUGUCUUCUUCAGCUAGUGGGCGAUGAACUUGGUUUCAAGGCCAAUAAUCAGCAAGUAAAAUUGUAUUAUAUUUUUCUUGUGGUUUACCAGACAUCUAGAUCUCCUUCCUUUUGGAUUGGCCAAUAACUUUAUCAGCAAUGAAGAUGGUGAAGCUGAUUGAUGAUGCCGGCAAUUAUCGUAAUUAUGAAGGAGAUGAUCAUGACUGCUUUUGGUAUUUCACUUUGUAUAAUAUGGCAGGCUUCAAAGAAAAAAGAGAAAAAACAAAAUAUUGUAGUUUUUCCAUCUUGGCUUUUUCCCAAUUUUCAUCUCCUUUUCUUCCCUUGAGGGCUUUGAAUGCAUGCUGCUUUUCCUUCCCUUGCUA